AUCGUUUGUUUAUAUUGUAAGUUUUAUAUUCCAAACUGGAAUAGACCUCGCGCGGCCGUCUUAAGUUCGUGUUGGGAAUCCAAACCCGCCGUGCCUCGAUGAGAAGGGAUUUCUACAAGCUUCUAGAUCGGAUCCCUCGCUUAGACCUUCCCUACAUCCAUCUCAACACGACGGCUUUCGACCUCCACAUUGGAAUAACCCUCACGAAGGACUCGCAUUUUGGAUUAUAACAUGCUUCUAUCAAAAUUCAACACAUUUGCUCACAUUUCAACCGUGGACAUGCCGGCGAAAAUCCAGCUUCAAGUUAAGGAGAAAGAGCCCUUCGACAAAGUGUAUCAAGUCGGCACAGUGCUUGGAAGCGGUGGUUUCGGGACGGUGUAUGCGGGUUUACGGAUCGCCGAUGGCGCGCCGGUUGCCAUCAAGCAUGUUGCAAAAGAUCGUGUGACCGAAUGGGGAGAACUGCCCAAUGGCGCGCGCGUCCCUAUGGAGAUCGUCCUGUUAAAGAAGGUCGGGACCGGAUUCCGUGGCGUGAUCAAAAUGCUGGACUGGUACGAGCGACCGGACAGCUUCAUAAUCGUCAUGGAAAGACCGGAGGUCGUCAAGGACCUGUUUGAUUUCAUCACGGAGAAGGGCGCGUUACCGGAGGAGCUGGCCAGGAACUUUUUCCGCCAGGUUCUGGAAGCGGUGCGUCACUGCCACAACAGCGGCGUCGUUCACCGCGACAUCAAAGACGAGAACAUUCUCAUCGACCUGCGAACCGGCGAUCUGAAGCUCAUCGACUUCGGAUCAGGAGCAUUGCUGAAAGACACCGUUUACACUGAUUUCGACGGCACUCGUGUUUACAGUCCUCCAGAGUGGAUCAAAUUUCACCGCUACCACGGUCGAUCCGCCACUGUUUGGUCUCUCGGCAUUCUGCUGUACGAUAUGGUCUGCGGGGACAUCCCCUUUGAGCAGGACGAAGAGAUCGUGCGAGGACAGGUGCUGUUCAGGAGGAGAAUCUCCACAGAAUGUCAGCAGCUUAUCAAGUGGUGCCUGGCCCUCCGCCCUGCUGAUCGGCCGUCUUUUGAGGACAUCAUCAACCACGAUUGGAUGCAGAGCACUGCGCCCCCUACGGACAGCACUGAGAUCAGGCUGCACAGCAUCAGCCACGAGCAUCAGCCCGCUGCUUUCCCAGCAGUCACCGUGUGCAAAUGACUCUGUCUGAGCGCGUACAUAGAGACUUUCCAUUACAGCAGCAAACCACCCAGGGGACCUGCGGACUGAGCAAAACGUUUUGUUCCAAGUAUCGCUGCUAGGUGGGAGUUCUAGGCUAGGCCAAAAAAAAAAGGGAGAAGGUCACCUUUUAGUGUGAUCUGUUAUCUCUGCUCGCCUGUGGCUCCGGGUCCCACUAGUCUGGCUCAGAGGAUCCAGAUUGAACGCCCAGUGUAGGGAGGAGCCGGGGAACACCCAAAACAGCGACUGUGAACAGAAGAAGCUGUGAUCUGUCAGGGUUGUUCCGUUAGGACGCAGAUCAGCCGAGCUUAAUAAUUUUAGUGCCUUCUGUGCAAGAUCAAGGGUUUUGUUUGUUCGUUUGAUUUUUGUGGAAAUACUUGAAUUGAGUAAUAGCCACUGUAACACUCUACUCCUUAACCAGAUGUCUUUUUUACCGUCUUGCUUCCACUUUGCCUGCCUCUGGCCGGUGACUGUCGGUCUUACUCUAAUGUGUCAGAGAUAGAGAGAGAGUAACCAAAUGGACCUCAUGAAACCUCUGCAGAAUAUAUCAAGUCUUACCUCACUCUUUCAGACCGCUGUUUGUUUUCCUCUUCCUUAUACUGAGUAACCCUCAACGACUACCACUCACAGAUGCACAAAGCAAUGCAACUACAACUUAAGACUACAUUUUCUGCAUACUAUUUUUGUUGAUAUUGUAAAUAGAUUCCAUGACGAGGCUUACGUGUGAAUGAUAUUUAUUGGAGUGUCUUAAAGAAGAAAACAUGAGAUCGAAGUGGAAAUAUUUAUUUAUUUAUUUAUAAAGAAGCAAUUUUUUCUGCAAAGUUUUUUCUCAUUCCACCACCGAAGGGCCCACAAAUUAUUUAAAUGUGUAUUUUUACCAUAUUUAAAGCCUUUUUCUUGUGAGAACGAUAUGUACAUUUGUAAAUAAUCCUCUAAAGCACUUGUGUUUCUCGAUGCAUGGAGUACUGCUGUUGGUGGGAAACCUACCAGUCUGAAGUCAUGUUUGUCACCUAAUUUAAACUCGUCUGCUGUGCAUAUGUUGGAGGAAAUGACCUCAUGAAUGUUUGAGGAACGAGUGAUGUUUAUUAUUUUUCACCUUCAGUAGGCAUGAUUGCAACUCUGAUUUUGUUUUUGGGUUUAGCCAUGUAAAUUAUGUUUAGAAAGCUAUUUUUUUACACAAUUGUCAAUAAAUAUUUUUUUAACAUUCA